GGAAUAUAUAAAACAGAGGAAAUCAGUACAGCAAUAAUGAAUGAGGAUGAAACUCUGGAAAAACUCGAUCAACUCUUCUUUCCUGGCGUUAAACGAAUUUUCAAUCACGUUCGACCCACCCUGUUUUUUUCUCUCCUCUUGAACAUAUUUUUUUUUUUUUUGGCUUCCGUCAGUGACUGUAUAUCCUGGCUAGAUUUCGUGAGUGAGAUGAAAAUAACCUUCCGUGAAUCGGUAUCAGUAGUAAUGGUGAUUGCGUGGAGUGCGGGAACUGAUGCACUUCCUGAGCAGCUGAAUUCGUUUGGCAUUGAUUUCAGCAGAUUUUCCAUGCCUGCUUUUCCGCGGUUUUGGGCUUCCAAAGCGUCAAUGAAUUCCGCCUCCGCUGCCGGAACGGAGCAGGGAGACUUACCAGGCGUACCGGAAGUUGUUCUUCCUGCUGUCCCAGGCGGGGAUGAUCAGGAAUAUAAAGAAACGGACAACAAUUGGAAACGCUUUCAAACGGCCAAAAUAGAAUUUCCCGCAAUUUGCAAUCGAGAGUCUCUGCCAAUGACAGAUGCCAGAUUCGCCGAAAGAACCAUUUCCUGCUGGAACACUAUUCAAAUGUCGCUGCUUGACGAUCAGCCAACAUUGGAGCAGCCACCAGCUCGACAAAAAGCUGGAGGGAACAAAGUAAACCAAAAGCCCGAAAAAGAAGAGUGCUUAGAUGACAAGCUAGAAAGGCUCGAAGACUUUGUGGACCGUGUUCAUAGAAUCAAGACAAAAUUCCUGUCGUUUUUGGAUACAGUCGAGAAAAUUGGCCAAGGAGUUUCCAGUUGCCAUUCUGCACUGCGCAGCAUUUCUGCGUUAACUGACGACCAGAGACGGGGUUUUGCAUGGCUGAGAUCCCUCGGAAAUAGACUAAGAAGUUCUCAGUACUACGACGAUGAUGAUGUUGAUGAUGAUACGAGUGAUUCAUUCAAGGAUGCCAGUCGGAUGAAUACUGAGUCGUCGGCUAGGAAUAAAAGCUAUGCACGGAAAACCAGGGCCCUGAGGGAAGCGAGUUUGCAAGAAUUUUGGCCUGUGUGCGAAACUAUUCUGCACACUUCUCUUCCAGAGGGGCCAAUUUCUUUCGAAUGCUUCAAAUCGGCAGCGGAAGAUUUCUGGGAUAAUUUUUCCGACGACUUAUUCAAUUCGGCAAACAAGAAAACUACCCCGAGCUCCAAAAAUAUGGAAAGAGGCAAAACGUCAAAUCAUGACGGUCGGAAACAAAACGAAGAUCCUCUUCAUCAAAGUGACGCUGAAAAUAAAAAGUGCAAGAAUAAUGGCUCCAACAAAGUCUCUGCAGUGCAGUCUUUUGGCACAUGUGUGCAGAAAUUGCUACCCCUUUUACCAUCAGGGGGAGACCGUGAAAAUGCUGUAAAUUUGCACGAAAGAUACGUCGAUGCUAUCGUGCAAAGUUUCAGAAUGCUCGAUAACUUUCCUGAUGGAGAACUGAAAGACGACGUUACUCAAUUGAUGGAGGAACUUGAGAAGCAAAGCAACUAUUUUUCGGACUAUUUGACAAAAAUUGACGCCAUAAAUGAGGCGGAUUCGGCCAAGGAAAUCGGAAGUUACUUCAUCGCUGAAAGUCCGUCGGGAUAUUUUGGACCCGUGGCUCAUUCGCCUUUCUGCGUAGUUCAUCAGGGCCAGACAAAAAAUCGACGAAAGCGUCGUUCGAUUUCACAAGAUCUUCUUCUGAAAACUAAUCAGAACUCUCUGGUCCGAGUAUCUGAUGCAAGUGACCGUCGUCACGUUCGACACCGACAACGUCGAGGAUUGGAUGUCGUCGACUCGUAUCACUACAACAAAAAGAACCACCUCCGUAACUCUGUUCCCCAGCAGCAGCUGCAUCGAGGACCCGGAAAUCGAAUUGGACACAAGGGACAAAUGCCGGUGUCUGAUGACGCCUUUAUCGACACUGUCGACAGCGUCGACGACGAUGACGAAAAAAGAGGCGAGUUGGCUGACAAUGGAGAUGCGUCUGCUGGUCUCCAUAGCGACCAAAAUAUCAAGAAAACAGGCAAUGAGCUACUUUUAUUUUUCCCUCUUCAAUUUGCGACGGUGGCGACGAGAUACGAAAUUCCUCCUACUACCGGAAAUGGCAUAGGAAGCGUCAUUUGUGCUUCAAUUCAACAUCCCGACCCUGAAAUUCCACUUGAGGAAUCGGAUUUGGACUCGAUGAAUCUGACGAAAGCCGAGAGAGAGGAAUUGCAGCACACAGCUGAAAUAGUUCUGCAAUCAGACGGAUUACCUGCUGAUUUGUAUGAUUUGCUCGCAAAAACCGCCGAUGAAAGAACACCACCAGCAGUAGUGACCCGAAAACGACAUUUGCCUGGUCGUGGACGAGAGUCGAAAAAAGGGAUAAAACAUUUAAUGGCAGCACCUCAUCGUCGACAAAAUCCGGGAAAUUAUCGGAAAGAUAUCGGGCUCUAUGGACUCGAAGAUGUCAUGAACCUGUUGUCAAAUUUGGAUGACGAUUAUCCAGAAGGUAGCGAUGAAGAUAAAUUCAUGGAGGAGCGAAGAAGGGCGGCGCAGUUUUUCGAUGCGAAGUUAUUGGACUCAGCCGCAAGGAAAGCUUUAAUGGUUUGCCAAGCAAUUUUCGGCCCAAAUGGAAUCCCUCAUUUAAUUUUCAACGCUGAACGCGGCCUCACUUUUUUCCUGGACUCGAAUUACACACUUUCUUUAAGGCUGGAGAUUCAAAGGUACCUGGAAUAUGUCGCGAGCAUGGGAUUGACGCCGUGUUCGGGAAUCGAAUCGAAUCCGCUUCACGCCCUGUACGACUUGCUUGCUCCUCCACUGGAAAUUUACUCGGAAGGCUUCGUUGCAGCUAGAAAUUCCACUUUCCAGGACCUGCUUCGUUACGCCGGUUACGGGGACCCCGUAGAUGAAGAAGAGAUUCUUGCUGUAGAUGAAGAGGUUUCCUGUUCACGAUUUCAAGAUAAGUCAUCUGCAUCGGGGACCGAAAGCGCAACAAGCAGAAAGAAAAUGCCGAGGGGCGCACAACAACGCAAAAGCAAUGUUUCAAAUUAUAUUCCGAAAAAUAAGUUCAACAAAGACUCAUACACCGGCCGUUCAAAGCAUUCGAGUUCCACUGACACCAGCACAUUUGCUUGCGGCGAUGGACUGCCCAAUAAUCGGCGCACGCUUUUCAGCGCACAUCAUCAUCAUCAGUCCCGAAAACGAAGUGGCAUUCCUGCUGAUGAUCACCCAACUAAAUCCUCUUGCAACGAAUUUGAAAUACCUCGGGAUUACCGCUGCGCAUUGGACAAGUCCCCGAUUAGAAUGGAUCACGAGAAAUUCCGGUUGCGGUCCAUGAUGAAAAAUGAUGGACGAAUUAUAAGGCAGCUUUCAGCAUGGUUCUCGCAGCUCCCGAGAAAAGCACAUCGUCGAAAAAUCGGUCCAUCGCUCGAGAACUCGCCCUUUCUGCAGAUUGCAAAAAUUUGUCGCCCAUUCGUCUUCUCAAACGCAUUCGCAUGUCUCGCCAACGCUGACGAAACGGCCUCGGAUCUCGUUGGAAUUGUUGCGACAAAAUUCGGCGAACAUACGAGUGACUUUUUCGAUAAGAACAUUGAGGUAGUGUAUCGGCCGCGAGAAGGCCCGACGAAAAUUGAUGUGGACGAGAGCCUGCAUGCUCUUGGAAACUUGAAAUGUUUGGAGCAAACAAAGGUUUCGGGACCGGCUUCGGCUCGGCAUUUGGAAGCACCGCACCAACAUCAACAUUUGGCCAGACGUCUACGUCGGGAUUUGGAACGACGGCGGGGUUUGGUAAUAAUACUGGGGCAAUAUUUGGAACUCAGCGUCCUGCAACAGCGGGUACCUCGAAUGUUUUCGGGAGCGGUGGAUCUGUUUUUGGGCAACCAAGUUCUGGCUUCAGUUGUGACCUUUGGCACUGCCACGACUACGGCAGGUGGAGGCAUGUUUGGGAGCACUACAUCAUUCGGUUCUCCUUCUUUUGGAGCCCCGUCAACAUCGAAUAGUUUAUUCGGCGCUAGUAAUCCGCAAAGUAAACCAUUUGGAAGUAGCUUCGGUACGCCAACAGCUGCGUCAGGGGGACUAUUUGGAUCCACUGCCCAGCCGCAAGCUGGAAGCAUUUUCGGACAGUCGAAACCCGGCGGACUUUUCGGUUCUACAACUGGCGCGUUUGGAGCUCAGCAAGGCCAAGGAUCGUACAUAAAGUUUGAAGCACCGAGCACUGGUGCUGACACAAUGAUAAAAAAUGGAGUGUCGUCCCAAGUUAACACACGGCAUCAGACCAUCACGGUUAUGAAGGAGUACGAGAAUAAAUCCAUUGAAGAGAUCAGAUGGGAAGAUUACAUGGCGGGUCGCGAUAAAGGUCCUCAGAACCGUCUCGCUGCCGGAGGGUUUGCGUCGCCGUUUGGAACCACCGCGACUAGUUCUGCUGCACCAUCUCUAUUUGGGGCCUCGACAACUACCAACACUGCCGGCGGUUUAUUUGGCUCUCAACAAAAUAAGCCUCUGUUCGGGUCGACAAGUACAACUGGUGGGAGUUUGUUCGGCCAACAGUCUCAACCUGCGGGAGGUGGUCUUUUCGGUGGACAGAAAUCUGCGUUUAGUACGCCCACGUCGUCUGCUGGCACGACGUUUGGAUUUGGACAAACCCAGGGUGCAACCACAGGGGGAAUAUUCGGACAGACUCAAAACAAACCUGCAUUCGGAACUGGAAGCACGGGAAUAUUUGGAGCUACAACCAGCCAACCUUCCACUUCCUUCGGGACGACAUCUUUCGGAUUCGGGUCUCAGCAGCCAGCGCAGACGGGAUUUGGCGCGACAACGUCGACUGCUCCUACAACUUUCGGCUUCGGCCAAACGAGUCAGCCCUCUGCUUUUGGAUCUACAUCGGGAACAAUGUUCGGGAAACCAGCAAGUACAGUUGCUCCUUUCGGCGCGACUACGACGUCGUCCUCCGGGUUUGGAUUCGGUUCAGGAACGACUGGCUUCGGUUCCACGACGUCGACGUCGGGGGGAUUAUUCGGUGCGAGUAAGCCGGCGUUUUCCGGAUUCGGUACGGGAACAUCGACCGGAACCUCCGGAACAGGCUUCGGUGGAUUUGGAACAUCGACUGGAUUCGGCACCCAGAAACCGGGUGGGCUAUUCGGAACGCAGCCUUCAACAACUGGUCUCGGUUUGUCAACCUUUGGUACUUCAGGUGGCUUUGGGUCUGCCGCACCCUCUUUUGGAACCACGGGAGGUGGAUUGUUCGGAAGCUCUCAGCCACAAGCAAGUUUUAACGUCCAGCAAGAACAGCCAGCUCCAUCUGUAGAAAACGUGCUAGGCGGGAAUCCUUAUGGGGAUUCGGCGGUGUACAAAAAUAUGUGCCAACGGGCGGAAAGGAAAGAAGAGUUGGCGAAGCCAACUAGCUUGAGUGCGCAGCGUGCAUACGCAAAACCGAGUAGCUCGCUUAAAUUCAAGCCAUCUUUCGACAGCUUGAACGGUUCCGUGAAGCCUAUUAUGCGACGAUCACUGGCCAUUUCUCCACAGCAGGCCUCAAUGUUUCAAGGAUUGGAUUCUGAGAUGGAGACGAGCACUCGAGACGUGACGAUGCAAUCAGCGAGGAAAAGCAUAAAAUCAUUCCGACCAGUUGACUUCAAGAAGCUUCCCUCGGACUUGAAUGCGUCCAUGCCUUCCCCGGGCAAAGCAAAGUGGGGUCAAGAUGUCUCGUCGCCAAGCAAGUUGAUUCUCAGGCGGAAUGUUGAGUCCGAGCAUUUAGGAUCCACUCCUGUUUCUUUCGGAAGGAACUCGUCACCGAAAGUCAUCGGCCCGCAAGAUGGCAAUACGGACCAGCGAAAUGAAAGUUUGAUGUUGCCCGACACCACAACAUCUUUCAUUCAGGAAAACUCAGCUGACAAAUCGAAUGAUAGCGUUGAACCAGUGAUGGAGGAAAAUAAAUACCCGGCGGGUAUUCGUUGCUGUCGCAUUGGGUAUUACACUAUUCCUGGGCCUGAUGAAUUGGAGAAACUUGUGCAGCCCGAUGGGUCGUGCACUGUCGAUGGGUUCACCAUCGGUCGAACUGGUUAUGGAAGUGUUCACUUUCCUGGGAAGAUGGACGUUUCUGGGCUGGACAUCGAUGAAAUAGUCCACAUCCGGAGGAAAGAGAUCGUGGUUUAUCCAGAUGACAACAUGAAGCCGCCAUUGAAUCAAGGAUUGAAUCGUCAUGCGGAAGUUACUCUGGAAGGAUGUUGGCCUGUUGCACGCGGUGGGGAAGUUGUCCGAUCAAGAAAAAGGUUGGAUGACAUGGGCUAUGCCAGAUUGUUGGAGAAGAGUUGCGGGAAGAUGGGCGCGACUUUCAAAGAAUAUCGUUAUGAGAACGGAUCCUGGGUUUUCCACGUGAGGCAUUUCUCGAAAUACGGCUUGGAGGAAGAAGAUGAAGAUGAGUGCAUGAUAUUAGAAGACCCAAGUAGGGCCAAUGCUGUCCUACUACUGAAACCUGUGCAACCGAAAACUCUUCUGAAUCCACCCGAAUCAAUGGAAACCUUGACGGCCACCGAAAAUAUGGCUAAUUUGUCCGGCAUGGAAAACAUGCUUCUUGGAAAGGAAAGCGCAGGAGUCCUCGAGAACGGAAAUGGAUUUCAGGAUCAUUUGAACGGCAUUGUUGGUGAUGAAAUCAUCAUGGAAGACGCAGGAAUCGAGGAUACCUUUGAUGGUAUUGACUUCUCUUCAAUGAAACACCGGGUCUUCUCACGAACGCCCGACGUUGCUUUCAGGAUGGUCCGAUGGGUGUAUAAAGCUAACAAGCUCAUGUGGUCGGGUGUGCGUGAAGCCGAAGCGAGAGGAAAGAAGCUGGAUGUUAGUGCUUUGAACUUAUUUUCUCCUCGAGCGCAGCAAGCGUUGCUACCAAAACGACCUUCUCUCGGGUGGUUCACGGACUCCAGCUUUGGAAUCCCCGUGAAUGGCUCCCAAAAUUUACAAAACCAAUACCCUUUGAAAAGGCCAUCACUAGGCUUGUUCGCUGGGGCCCGGGAGACCUCUCUGUUCAAUGAUCAUGAAAACGCCUUUGAGGAGGAAGAUUUGGACGAAAUGAUGCCACGCGGUUCUUCCACUUUCAUCGAGCGUCCGUCGCUUGUUCGGAAGACCGCUCUGGGUGCCACCAUUGCCACGCCGCCAAUUCUUCCCUCGAAUAUAUCGUCUCCAAUCCAAGGAACUUCUGAAGACGUUGCUUUGGUUUCAUCGCCUUUCCAAAAAGAAGAUCUUUUGCGGAUCCUGUCGACGUCGGCUGUUACUGCGGACCACAGGUUUGAUGGGAUCCUGCGUCCGUCGCUUGUUCGGAAGACCGCUCUGGGUGCCACCAUUGCCACGCCGCCAAUUCUUCCCUCGAAUAUAUCGUCUCCAAUCCAAGGAACUUCUGAAGACGUUGCUUUGGUUUCAUCGCCUUUCCAAAAAGAAGAUCUUUUGCGGAUCCUGUCGACGUCGGCUGUUACUGCGGACCACAGGUUUGAUGGGAUCCUGGUUGAGAGUCACGGGCCGCGGGACGAUGACGAGUUGCCAUCGGUGAGCGGGAGAAAUUCGGCGGGAUACUUGGUUGUCCAUGCGGCGCCGAAGUCUGACCUUGACGUUGUUGGAAAUAUGGGACGGAGUAUACCCUUGUGUUGGGGACGAGGAGGAUUAAUCGUGCAUUGCGGUGUUGCUUCCGCAUGCCGAGGCGAAGAUCUUUCAACAACUGGGUUUCCCCUGGGAAAUGUGCAGCAGUUAGCGGCCAUUCGAGGACCGGGUACUGUUUUCUUCGAACGAGUUGGCAUGGCGUCCAGCGAUAUGCUGUUCAGCAACAUCAAGCUACAGCACGUUAUACACGAGUCUGCGUUGGAAAUCCAAUUGCAACACGCGGAUGUCGAUGAUAGCGGCGGAGAAUACCCUCGUAUAGAAGCGAAACGCGGUUCUGAUUGCAUUCAAAAUCAAGCAGAAGCGGUUGCUGCCCUUCUUGCCGAGCUGAAAAAAGACGCCGUGGAAGACGAACAAGUUAAAGAGUCGAAGAUUGUGUGGGAUCUGAUGGUAGCCUUGUGGGGUCUGGAUUCUAAAGACCGGCUCAGUCAGCAAAAAGAUGCCUAUGACCAUGUGACGAAUGUUUUUCGGAAGAAAGCCCUAACAUCGUGGCUGAAAAAUAUGGGAUACAAAUCUCCGUUCGUGAUGAAAAUUGGUGAUGAUUCCCCCGUGACAUCGUUUGACAACGUCGUUCAGCACAGGCUUCGGGAUGCUGUCAAAGCCUGCAACCAAUUGGGUGAUUUCAAUCUUGGCCAGCUCAUUGCUAUGGGAUCAGCCCCCAAGGCGAAGUCAAUGUUGAAACAGCAACUGGAAACAUGGACUGCUGUUCACUUGGAUGAAAAGAUCAACGAAAUUCGUUUAAAAAUUUAUUGCAUUCUAAGUGGUCUUCCGAAGUGGCUGACUUCUGACGGGAAAUUGAUCAAUCCAGCGGAAGGUCUUGACUGGCGUAGAGCUUUCGCCUUGCAUCUGUAUUUCUCAUCACUGGUUUCGCCGAUUGCUGAAGCUGUCAAAUCCUUCGAAGCCAGCUUUAAAACUGAUGAAAUCGGGGGUCCGAUUUCCCCGUACCCAAGCCCACCGUAUGCCAGCGGCAAUAAUGGCCCAAUGGAUCUAACGUUCCACCUUCUUAAGCUUUAUAUGAAUCGGUUAUACGCUUUGGAACCGAUGAUGGAUCCUGCUUGUUUUUGCAGCGACCCAUUAGAUUACCGAAUGACGUGGUUGGUUAUGGUGAGUCUCAGUGGACUGGGAAUCCGCAGAGUCCACCCAAAUGUUGCCGCGAAUGUGAUCCGGAACUAUGCCGCCCAAUUGGAGACCAUCGCUUUGUGGGAAUGGGCUAUUUUCGUUUUGCUGCACCUUCAAGAUUCUGAUGAACGUCGUCGAUGCUGUACCGGCGUAAUCGAACGCAAUGUGAAGUUGAACUCGGAUCUUGACGAAUUUUCUAAAUCUGAAGCGACACGGAAGGAAAGAUUCGUUUGUGAGAAAUUGCUUGUUCCGUACAAGGUGAUCGCAUCUGUCAAAGCCGCCAAGGCCCGUUGUCUCGGAAAACAAUUGGAAGAAGUGGAGCACCUGAUCGACGCUGAAGAGUUCGUAGAAGCUCACAAUUUGCUGAUUACUCGCGUCGCACCGGAUCUCGUUAUGAAAGAUGAUUGGGACACCCUGAAUCAGUUGUUCUCCAGACUCAACGCACCUGACCGUAUUGCCGUGAUUCAAGACUGGCAAACCGGCGGAAAUGUUUACCUCGAUUUCAUUGCAUUGAAAAAUAAGAUUCAGAUCUCCGAUUCUGAGCUGUCAAGUCCGGAAUUCAGAUUAAGCCAGCUGCGAGGGUUGACAAAAAAUAUUGACGAAAUGAAGUGCACAUCUUCUAUACAAAGUGUUGCCAAGUCGAUCAUCCUCAAAAAGCUUUGCGUGAUUGGAGCUUCCAUUUUGGAUGAUCUUAAGAAAGUGAGAAAUUUCCAAGACCCUACGAUCGCUCCUUCAUUGCCGCUUUCUGGGAUGAGCAUGCUCAGGACUCGCGAAGGCUUGGACGAGCUGCUUGUUCAAUUCUACUGCGUCGAGGACACCGUUGUUUCUGAACCAGAGUCGUGAAAGAUAAUUCCGCAGAAAGAAAGAAAGCCUGCUGUGAUCUCGGAUCGAGUGAGGUCGGCGAUUGCUUUCAAGAUCUGUGCCUGAUCACUGAACGUGAAUUCAUUUCUCCGCUUUGCCUUUACUUCUCUUCUUGGUUUUCUUGUGUGGGGAUUUCAAGAUCUUAUCUUUUCGGCGAAAAAUUCUGGCUAUUUUGCGAGCAAUUUAUGGUUGCCAUCGUUUUUAUACGUCCAUGACUGGACAUUCAACCGAGACUUUUUUUGAAUACCUGAUCCAGUUCGGAAAUUAGACUGGAAGCGGCGCAGUUUUUUUUAAACUCCCGGGGUAAAAUGCAGAAAUGAUUCAUCUGCCAAAAA